AAUCUGGGGCUCUGCAUUGAGUAGUACGGAGUGCACGAGUGCACAGCACUACUCCAUUCGCUGGCCAUCUUAUCAACUGCUCCAAGUCACCUCUGAUGCACUCCGUACCACCAUGCCUCUCUCUGCCGGCUCCGCCUGGGAGGUUCACCCACCUAUUAGCACGCUAGCCCUAGUGGCCGCAGGCCCAAGCUCGCCUUGCUAGUGUCGUCCUCCACCUUUCGCCUCACUCCUGGCAGCCGAAAAGGUCAACGUACCUCCAACACAGCUCUCCCUUCAAUCUAAACCAAUUCAUUACACAGCACACCACAGAGCCGCAUCGCCGAUCGUCCAUACCCAUCACCUAUCCUCCAUUAACCAUCACCUGUCGCCCUGGCACGGCUAUCUGAUCCCACCUCCGCCUCUCGCAGCCCAUCGAUGCCAUCGCGAGACAUGGACAAACCUCCCCCCCGACCUCACGCUCCCUCUGCCUGCUCUUAGCCAUCCCCAUGGAUGCCGCUACUGUCACCACUCUCCUUCACCACCACCCCAGUCUCGCGCUUCCAGUGCCCGUGUCCGUGCCUGUGCCUGUGCCCCAGCCUCAUCCUCACGCCCAGGCUGACGCUCACGCCAACGCACACGCCCGUUCUCAUGCUCCUCCUCAUCCUCAUGCUUCUCCCGUCCACGUCCAUGCCAAUGCCAGCAUCGACGGCCACUCACCCCGCGCCUUUGGCAAUGCGUGGCACGUCCCAGACCCAGACGCUAUGCUCGCGUACGACGAUACAGAGGAGCAUGAGAGCGACGUAUCGCGCCUCCAAGGUGACGAGUCGGCCCGCUCCAGCAGCGUCACCACGCCCGAUCUCCCUAUGUCGCGUCCGCCGCCACCCCCCUCGGGCUUCAAACAUGGCCAAACAUUUGACUCGAAUAUAAAAGCAUCCUUGCCACCUCCACCACCCGAUUAUCAAGACUAUCGCCAACGCUUACCGUCACUUCCUCCGCCACCGCCAAACGCUCCAAACGUUUCUCUAUUUCCGCCAUCGCGCACCUCCAACGUGCCUCGAUAUCAACCCCCGCCUCCUCCACCGCCUCCCCCUCGAAGCAACGAUCCUCCUCGGCCUUCACACUUCGGGCUACCACCUCCUCCACCUCCCCCACCUCCCAGGUCCGACCAUGAUACGUCUCGAGCCAGUGAAGCUAUGUUCCCAGUUCUCCCACCACCACCGCCGCCUCCCCUCCGACCCCGUUCUCCGAUCGACUCAGAAGAUGGAAAUGGUGGCGCCGAAAUUCCUCGACAACCCCAAGGAUGGAGUGUCAGGGCUCAAGGACCCCAAGUGACAUCAACGCUAUCUAAAAUACAUGACGGCUCUACAUCGGGCCGUAAAUCUCAUUCUCGGCGCACGCGACCGAGGGGGAGGCCCCGGAAACGGUCCAGCAACCGUUCAUCUGGCUCUUCAACGUACUCUACAACACGUCCGUCCCUCACUCCGCAAUCUGAUUCUGGUUCAUCAUCUGAGGAAGAUCCAAUCGUCUACCGGAACGCUCGGCAGUUCCCACCCCUUCUCCCAACGGCCCCGGCUUUUGGCUCGCCAGGAACAGACAGCAAAGCCUCUGCCACAAAACACAUCACUUCAUGGGUUACCCAAUACGAAAGGGCGCAGAGCCCUCUCACGGAACCACCGAUGGAACCAAAACCCACCACUCCACACAGGGGUUUAUUCGAUACCAUCAAGGACACCACGCGAGGAUCCAACGCGUCUGUGGCAUCCUCCGUAUCCUCGGAGGGUGAAAUAGAAAUGCUCUGGACAAAGCUCAAGGAAAAGAGAGAUAAGCUGAACCGCAUGAAAACCGAGAUGGCGAAACGACGCAAGGAGUUAAGAGAUCUGCGUCGGAGAAAGGACGACGCCGACAAUGCCUUCAUGAGCGUGAUCCGGCCAAUGCUUAUUAGCCAGCGGGGUGCGAUGCACACGCCGCCUAACCUCCUGGAUCGACGACUCAACGACAUGCAGAGUCUACGGACAGACUACCACUUCCUAGAGGCCAAUUACGAGGGGCUCGAAGUCAUGUUGGACGAGGAGGAGGUGGAACUCAACAGCCUAGAGACGCGCUUCUUCAGCCUGUUAGCUGCCGGUCGCACGAGGCUAGAACGACCUCAGGCUAACACAGAUUCUGAGUUGGAUCAAAUUGACUACUUCCAGAGCAUGCCCGUGGAUCUGAAGGGCAUAUCCCCUGACGGUCCUCCAGAGGACCUCCAUCCCCUCUAUGUGGAACUCAUGUCGACGGUGGGUGACCUUGAGAAUGCCAAGGAGGAUCAUGAAGACUUGCUAUUCAUCAAAGAGCAGUACGAUUAUGAUUUGGAGAUGAAGCGGCCAACCGAAAUGGGGGAUGAAGUGAACGAGUUCUAUGCCGAGUUCCCAGCCGAACAGGAGAGAAUGGUGGGUAAUAUCAAUAGGCUCGAGGUAGCCGUCGACCGUCUCAAAAAUGAGUGCGAAACCCAGGGCGUCAUGCGAAAACACAUGUCUCCUCGAGUCGAGUACCUACUCUACCCUGAAAGGGAGUUUGAGGAUAUGGGCUUGGAGGAAACCGAGGUGAUCCUUGAGCAGCGACCUAGCCUGGCUCAUUCCAAGUUCCCUGUGCUCCUCACACAGCCCGAGCACAUCAUGGUACCACAGACAUCACUUGAUGCGCUCAAGGCGGCAGCGACACUCCCUGACAACGAUCCCGGUAAGAAAGCCAAGAUGCAGCUCGCGUCCAAGGAGUACGCCAUUGACCGGCUUAUCAUGGAUCAUGAGACCGGCGGCAAAACCGACUUUGUGAACCGAUGGCUCUUGCAACAGCUUCGCAUGUCGCCCAUGAACGCAACGUUGCUCCACUCGACCUUUAUGAGCAGCCGGUCGCUGAAGAUAAAUGAUUUUUGGCGGUGGCAGAGUGAUGUGCUCCAUUACUGGUGGCGCGACGGCACGACGGCGUUAGCGGAAGAUUCAUUCAAGAUGGUGACAAGUGAGAGCUCUCAGCAUGCAUCUCGGAUCGGCACCCCGCAACUCUCACGAGCGGCAAGCGAUGGGAUCGGCGUAAAUUUGAAUCGGCGCCACCAUUACACCAACAGUAGCGAAGCCCACACUGCGAUUGCAUAGGCUGCGCUCGCCUUUCACCCGACUUUCCUCCAUCACCGCAAAUUUUUUUUUUUGGGGG